ACCCAUUUCGGCUCGAGCAAAUUCAUCGCACGGGAAGAAGCGGAGACGGAGCGAGCGAAGCGCAGCCAAACCCUAGCUCCCUCCCCACCCCCUGCGCGCGCGACCGACGGGAGCUCCGCCGCCGCCGCCUUCCCGCACCAUGGCCGACUCACCGCGCAAGAGGUACUCAUCAAGGCCCUCAAGGUCCCCAUCUCCUUACAAAGGACGCACAAAAUCAAGAUCAAGAUCACCUGCAGCUCAAUCCCAGUCUAGAUCUCCGCCGCCUGACCCUAGAUCACAGGCAAGGUCAAGAUCAAGAAGCCCUGAGAGGGAGCCUGACGCUGGAAAUCAUGGAAAUACUCUGUAUGUGACUGGACUUUCUUCUAAAGUUACUGACAGGGAACUUAAAGAUUACUUCAACAAGGAAGGAAAGGUGGUUUCUUGCCAUGUUGUUCUUGAACCCCACACACGUGUCUCGCGUGGAUUUGCUUUUAUCACCAUGGACACUGUUGAAGAUGCUGAACGCUGUAUCAAGUAUCUUAACCAGUCUGAACUGCAAGGCCGACACAUCACGGUUGAAAAGUCACGCCGAGGUCGCCCAAGGACACCAACUCCUGGAAGUUACCUAGGCCAUCGCUAUGAACGUAGAGAGCAGCAGCGUGGUGGGAGAUUUCGCAGAGGCUAUGGUCGUGACGAGUAUUAUGGCAACAGCUACCGGAGGUCCCCACCUCCCAUGUACUCCUACAGGGACACUCGAGACUACCCUCCCUACAGGGACAGCCGAGACUACUCCCCCCACAGGGAUGCUCGGGACUACUACGAUGGUAGGGGUGGUCGAGGUUACUCCCCCCAGAGAUCUCCUCCUCCUUAUGGUGGUAGGUCAAGAAGGGAACGUUCUAGAUCGUUGCCGUAUUCCCCUUACCGGAUGCCUGAAAGAGGCUACGGCCGCCGAACCGGCGGUGGUGGCUACGACAGGUAAGGUUUGCUCGGCUCAUGUGAGUAGAGACCUGAAGCCAUGCUGGAUGACAUGCUUCCCUCGACGAUGUUAGAUCGUUAUAGCUGUACUAUCUUGGAACAAUACAUUUGCAAAUUUCAAAUGUUGUACUGUCACCUAGCUUUGUAGACUCUUGCAAUGAUUGUAAGAAUGACUCGCGGGACAUGUUGUAUCCGUCCAGUCUUGAAACUAUUUGAAAUCAUGUUAUUCGACAAUGAUUCCUUGAGAGGUGAGAAACAAAGGAAGUUGAUGAAUAUUGA